GUUAUCAGCGCUAUCAAGGCGCUAGCAGUUCUAGAUUAGCGGCUUGGCUAGACCGCUGGCCAAGAUGAGGGGGAAGGCGCCGAGCAAGGGUUGUAUGUGUUUUUCCGUCGAGGACGGUGCAGUGGAGCAGGGGCAUGAGGAGCACACGACAAAAAGUCACAACCACCAAAAGCCCUGAAAAGCUGUCAUUCCAGGAAGGGUCAGCCUUGGAGAGUUGCUACUCCCCUCACUAGCGACUGCAGAUCUUUUAGAAAUUGGAGACCCAAGGGUUUCCCGCUUUCUUGUUUCAGCCCUCCCCUCCUUCACCCAGCAGUCAGCAGCCGUUCCACUGCCACCCACCACCACCACCGUGGUCACCACCUCCAAAACUUCCAAUUUACACCGACGGUUUGGUCGAGAGACAGAUAUCAGGAUUCAACUCCCAUUCGAUCCCAUUGCCUUGACGGGAGCAUCUGCUAUUUGUGUAGCAUCCAACAGUCAUACUGCAUAAUCGAGCACUUCAUCGAAUCACAUCCAACCAAGAUCCCAAACGAUCGAACCUUCGAACCGACCGACCACGGACCAACCGAUCGACUCGAUUGGCCGAUACACCAACCAUACCUCUGCGUCCGCUUCAUGCCUGCUACCUACGCGAUACACGCUCCGUGAAAGAAAAAAAAAGGAAGAAAGAAAAAAAAAAAAGAAGGAGAGGCCAUAGCAACCUGUUGCAAGACAAACUCUAGCUGGUAGUCUGCAGAAGGCGUUUCUAGAAAAGACGGAACUCUGUCAACUGCCAUUCUUCAACACAACCCCGCGACGUCAAGGCCUUGACCACACAGUGCUCCGUGUCUUGCCCGUGUAUCACUCCUUGCUCGUGUGUCACUCUCGGGUAGACGAACUGGCCUUGGUUGCAUCAUCGACCACAUCCAAGGAAGCCUCCCGUCACCGCGACUGUUUCGCCGACCUUCUCGAUAGGUUUUCAACCCCGACGCGCCCUCUUGUCUUCGACAUUCCAUAGUCGGUUUCGGCAGCGGGCGGACAACCAUCGCCCGCCGCAACCAUGUGGUUCAUCAGCGCCUCGACGAGUGCAAUCUUUUUGCUGAGCAUCGUUCUCCUAAUACCCAUUGCCUUCGACGUUGGCGGUCGUGAUGCCGGUUUAGCUUACUCGCUAUCCCUCUUCAUCUUCUACCUUAUCUACAGCACCAGCAAGCUCCUUACUCCGGAGAGUUCACGAGUUCGCUGGUUCUUCACUAGCAGUGUCGGCUUGUCGCAAUGGAUCAUCAUUCCAGCCCUUCUCAUCUGGUCUCUGAAUAGGUUCUCAGUGGAUGCUGAGAACGCCGGCUGGGUAUCGCGCACCUUCUCUUCUGCCACUGCGAAUCACAAGCCCAGCACUUGGGGCGAAUACUUCUUUGGCCAGCAUGGAUUUGUCGAGAAUGUCGCUCUGGGAGCUUGGGACAAGACGCUGAGUUACUCGAGCCCUGUUUUCCAACUGCUGGAGGGUUUCUGCACUCUCUUGGUGAUACAGACUGCUGGCCGGGUUGCAAGAUGGCUCGUCACUCGCGGUGGAGGCGAUACAUGGAUGAUAUUCCUUCUUGCCUUUUCUGGUUCCAUCAUCUCCAGUGCCGUUUACUUCCUCUGGAGGGUUGCGCACUUCCCCGAAAUAAACACCAUCGAUGCCACACUCAUUGGAGCUACAAUGACGUCGGCCGUAUUCCUGGGAGCAUAUGGAAUUGGUAGCGGGCGCGGCAACGCCGUAGAGUCAUCUCUCCUCUUUGCCUACAUCGUUCUAUGCGUCUAUCAGAUCUUUACCGACUAUCAGCCGUCUGCCGAAGCUGCUGCUGCGGCCGAGCAAGCGGCCUCGCUUCAGCCCGACUUCCCGCCUCUGCCCCCAAUCAUCAUGGCAUCCUAUUCGACAUUGAUGCACAUCCUCAGCAGUCUGCCUGAAGCUUUCAACACUUCUUUCCAAUUCCUCUAUGCCGCAUUCCAAACUAUUACACCGAGCGUCAUAAUCUCGUUAACCUACCGCAUCAUCGUCUUCUACUGCGCCACCCGCAUCAUUCCGGCUGUUCGGGAGCUCGGCGCCAGAGCUCUCAUGGACGAGCCAAGCUUACUGGAAGAGACCGACGGGGCUAACCGCCUUGUAGGCUUCCUCAGCUGGUUCUCUCCUUCGAUCCUCAUCGCCGUGUACACGAGCUUAUUGCUGCAGCACUUCAGCGUAUCCAACAACGGUGAUGAUAUCGGGUGGACUCUCCGGGCUGGUGACGCCGGUGGAAACCCGUGGCGUUGGGUCAACGUCGCUGCCACCAUGGGACUCUACGCUGUCGAGCUUUAUCUCGGGGAGAGGAACGAAGGAAUGCAUUGGAGAGCGGACUGAAAAAUGCCAAAAGGUGUGCGUCAGUGUUGCUUCGCCAUCGCAGACGCAAUCUAGAAAAGCUGUUGUCAGCUUUAGAUAUGAAAAUCAGUGGCCAAGACAGGUCACCUGGGAACAAGCACCAAGUCAACAUCAUCUGUUGAGAGGCAUGUUUACCUCAAACCAACGACAAUUCAAGGAUGAGCGCAGGGUGUGAAGAAGUGACAUGAGGAGGAAGAUUUGAUACCCAUUGGUUAAGUGGAAAGGCAGUAAGACAGAGAACAGAAAGCGAAUCGCGUUUGUUUGGGAGACACGAAAAGAAAGGAAACAGACAGGCAGGCAGGCAGGCAGGCAGGCACGCAGAUCAAGGAAACCUUAGCUUGACCAAUUACAGGCACAGGCAAAAACAAAAGCUACCUCGAGUCGACAGUUGUCCGUCAUCUGCGCAGAUAGAGGGUAGUAAAGCUAUUUGCCUAGCUACCAGCAAUAAGCCCCGUAGCAUCUUUUUCACGAAUAUUUCUUCACGUGGAGUGAACCUGCCACACCUCCUCUGGUUUUCCCUCGGAUGCUAGGCUACAUUCCAUACCAUACCACACAACGCCAUAUUUUUAUGUGUGCCUUGCACCUCAAAAGUCGGGGAAGAGAAGGAACACUUGACGAGCUCGUUUACGGGCGCAUAAUCUAUAGGAAAUGGCUGCACCGUAUCUCUUGUAGGCGACAGCAGGCCAGCGAGAUAGACAAGUCAUUGCCAGACGGAAAUUUAGCAGGCAAAUCAGACCAAUACCAACGAGAGGAGCUAGGGUGAUAAAAAAGAAAGAGAGAAAAUCAAGGGAAACGAGAGGGAACAAGUUACCAAGGUCUAAAAGGGGUGAAGGAAAAGAAACAAUGGAUAGGAAACUGGAUAGGUAUAUAGACAACAACCACAUCAGGGCUUUUCGCGU